AUGCCCUCCAACCUCCAAGUCGGGAUCCCCACAAUGUCCCUCUCAAAACCAGGCCUGCACGCUCUAGACCACAAGCUGCGCGUCGCCGCCGCCCACGGCUUCACAGGCAUCGAGCUCUUCAUCGACGACCUCUCCCACUUCGCCGAAACCAGAUUCAACGGCUCCCUCAUCCAAGCCGCACAGCACGCAUCCUCCGUCGCAAAACAGCUCAACCUGACAUUCAUCUGUCUCCAGCCAUUCGCGUUCUACGAGGGCCUGCUCGACCGCACUCAAACGAAAUACCUGGUAGAGGAGAAGCUACCGCUGUGGUUCGAGCUUGCCAGGAUCCUAGAGACGGAUCUCAUCCAGAUCCCUGCGAACUUUUUGGGGAACGAUGCAAAGACCAAUGCGCCGCGGACAACGGGGGAUCUGGAUGUCAUCGUCUCCGAUUUACAACGAGUUGCGGAUAUCGGCGCAGCGCAGGGCUUCCGCUUCGUCUACGAAGCCCUUUGCUGGUCAACGCACGUCGAUACCUGGGAGAGCGCCUGGAACGUAGUGAGGCUCGUCAACCGCGACAAUUUCGGGAUCUGUCUAGACAGUUUCAAUAUCGCGGGGCGCAUCUACGCGGACCCUACUUCGCCCGAUGGCAGGACGCCCGACGCUGCUGAAGCCGUCACGAGGUCCAUGGACAUACUCCGUUCAAAAGUGUCAUCGGGUGAACUAGAUAUCAAAAAAAUCUUCUAUAUCCAGCUCGUUGACGGCGAGCGUCUUUCUGCGCCUUUAGACGAGAAGCACCCGUUCUAUGUAGCCGGCCAGCCGGCGCGCAUGAACUGGAGCCGGAAUGCGCGGUUGUUCCCGUGCGAGGUGGACCGGGGCGGGUAUUUGCCUGUUCUGGAGAUCGCGAAAGCGUUCUUUGAUCUUGGGUUUGAGGGGUGGGUGAGUCUGGAGUUGUUCUCGCGGACGUGUAACGAUUCCCGUCUGGAAACGGUGGGCGAGCAUGCGAGGCGGGGGAUGGAUAGCUGGAGGAAGGUUGUUAGGGCUUUGGGGCUCGAUGUGCAGGUCCCCAGUCCUGUUCCUGUUUCUGCUCAUGCCAGCAGUAGAGAGAGGGAGAGAGUGGAGGUGCAGGAGGAGCUGGCUGUCCAGCAUCGGCUGUAA